CUAACCUAAAGGAAAGAAAUGUGACUGUUUCCUGAAGCGACACAAACCUUGAAUGAGGGAGAACAUGAUUUUCACCAGACCCACGACACAAAAUGAAGUUCUCCAGGAAUGUAUCUGACUCUCGCCGCAAGCAGAGAAAGGCUCACUUCGCCGCCCCUUCCUCUGUUCGCCGUGUGUUGAUGUCUGCUCCUCUUUCUAAGGAACUUAGAGAGCAAUACAACAUCCGCUCCCUUCCUGUUCGUCGUGAUGACCAAGUCACCGUUGUCCGUGGAUCCAACAAAGGCCGUGAGGGCAAGAUUACUUCUGUCUACCGUAAGAAGUUCCUCUUGUUAAUCGAGCGUGUUACUCGUGAGAAGGCUAACGGAGCCUCUACUCCUCUUGGUAUUGAUGCUUCCAAGGUUGUCAUCAACAAGCUUCACCUUGACAAGGACCGCAAGAACUUGAUCCUUCGCAAGGGUGGUAAGGUCGAGUAAAUUUUAUAAAAUGGAUUUAUUUUGCACUGGA